ACCACAGUCUGUAGGAUCACUCAAAGAGUUUUAUUGCUCCUAGUGACUCUAUUUAGAAAAUGUUUUAGCCAAUAGAGGGAUUGAACACAACAAAAUGCACAACUAUUAUGUACAACAAAUUCAAUUGGCUUUUUAUAAGGAUAUCUUUUUUGUUUAGGGAUGUGGAACACCAGAUUGUUCAUCUGUAUUACGGAUCUUGGUACCAGAUGAAUUGCACGGUUCUUUAAAUACUAGAACACUUCCAGUAAGACCAAACAUGAAUACUAGAGAAAUUUGCCGUAUCCUUGCGCAUAAAAUUAGAUGCACAAAUCCCCAGGAUUAUGGGCUCUUCAAGCUAGUGCAAGGAGAAGAAACGCUGCUUGGAGAUCAUGAAUGCCCACAAGAACUGUCUCACUGCCUUUUUGCCUACAAAAGGAUCGAUGCCAAAAUAGCAUGGCCCAAGACCAGUUCUUAAGCGUAGCAUAUAUUUUACUAAUUUAAAAUUAAUUUCUAACACAUCGAUAUUAUGUUUUUCAAGAUAUAAAUAUUAUAUUUAUCU